AGAACGAGAGUCGCAUGUGCGCAUACGAGGUAACGAGGUAAUUAGUAAGUUGAAACGAGAGGAGCACAGGUUUUGCUCCUUUGUUUCUUCUCUGCGCUCUCUGCAAACCCCACUCGAGAGAUUUGCAGAAGGUGGCUGGAGAAGAAGAUAUGUCGAAGACCUGUGCCUUGUGCAAGGUCCCGGCGAGGACGUUCUGCGAGUCGGACCAGGCGACCCUCUGCUGGGACUGCGACGCCAAAGUCCACGGCGCCAACUUCCUCGUCGCCCGGCACUCCCGGACCCUUCUCUGCCACGCCUGCCAAGCUCCCACGCCUUGGAAGGCCUCCGGCGCCAGGCUCGGACACACCGUCUCCGUCUGCGACUCUUGCGUGGCCGGUGCUCGGGGCCGGAACGGGGGCGGCGGCGACGACAAUGGCGAUCUUCACGAGGACGACGUCGACGAGGACUCCGAUGAGGAAGAGGACGAGGACGAGGACGCCGAUGGCGAAGGGGGAGGCGGCGACGAUGACGAGGGAGGCGGCGAUCGCGACGGCGGCGACGAGGAUGGCGACAACCAGGUGGUGCCGUGGUCGUCGACGACGCCUUCUCCGCCGCCGGCGAGCUCCUCCAGUAGCGAAGGGUCGAUCAGUAAUUUCUGCUGCGGGCAUGGAGACGCGGAGGAGUGUGGAGCGGUGAGAAUGUGCUCGUCGAAGCGAACGAUUGAAGACAGUUCGGAUCUUCGCUCUCAGGAGAAGCUCAGCUACUCGUCCUUCCGGCCUAACCGGAGGCCAAUGUUGGUGGCGAGGACGCGGUCCAGGGGCGGCGAGGCUACUUCAGUUGACUCAUGGAGGCCGUCGAAAGACCGGCGAGUUGGGCAAGAUGAGUCCACACAAGGUUCAACCUGUCCAGAUUGAAGGGAUCAGCAGUGGGGGUAAAGCGAGUUGGAGGUACAGCCUGUGAUGUUCUUGAGCCCUUCUAUUACAAGCGUCGAUUAACAUCAUCAUCUUAACCUCAAUCGAUCUGAUUGAAUUCUGGGUUCGACUGAUCAAUCGAUUUAGUAGUCUUAGCAAAUAGCUUAGCUUCGGGUGGGAAUCUGUUUGGAUUGGGUGUGGGAGAUUGUAAUGCUGAUUCAUUUGAAGUUUAAACGAAUUCGAAAGAGUAAAAUUCCACCAUGUGUGCUUCAGUUCUGGAGCUCCAAUUCAUUGUUCCCGAUCAUUCAUUCACCA